GCAAAAAUGAUUGAAAGCGGACAUCCUUGGAUGGGUGGUGCCUCAACCUCAUCGGUAACUGACAGCUAUCAAUAUCAAUUGCAGUCCAUGUGGCAGAAAUGUUGGAAUACUAAUCAGCAAAAUCUGGUGCAACAAUUGAGAUUUCGUGAGCGCGGACCAUUAAAAUCGUGGCGUCCCGAAGCUAUGGCAGAAGCCAUUUUCAGUGUAUUGAAGGAGGGUUUAUCUUUGUCACAGGCCGCUAGAAAAUUUGAUAUUCCAUAUCCGACAUUUGUUUUGUAUGCAAAUCGUGUGCAUAAUAUGUUGGGUCCUUCGUUAGAUGGUGGUUCGGAUCCCAGACCUAAGGCUAGAGGGCGACCGCAGCGUAUAUUGUUGGGCAUGUGGCCGGAAGAUUUAAUACGUUCGGUUAUAAAGGCGGUGGUUUUUAGGGAUUAUCGUGAAAUUAAGGAUGAAAUGGGCGGUUUUCCGUUUGCCAAUGGACAACCACAUGUGGUAGGUGGAACUAGUGUUUCUAAUGGUUUCCAUAAUGCUGCCAAACUGGCUGCACAAAGCUCUGGCAUGGCUCAAGAGUCCACCAGUCCACUUUCAACCAUGACUGAAAACUUAAGGCGUCAAAUAAUGUCACAACAACAACAGUCUCCCAUAUCACAAUCGAUGAACAUGUAUAAAUCGCCUUCGUAUGUACAACGUUCCGAAAUCGAAGAACAAAUAUCAGGUGUUAGUUCUAAACAACAUGCUGAUCGUCGUGGUUCAGAAAAUUUACCAGAUCUUAGUGCUUUGGGUCUUAUGGGCUUACCAGGACUAAAUGUUAUACCUACAGGAGGUUCGCGCAACAGUCAAAUGCACUCUAAUACAGCAGCAGCAUUUUCAAGAGAACGCGAACGUGAACGCGAGCGUGAAAGAGAUCGUGAACGAGAAAGAGAACGCGAAAGAAAUCGUGAUAGAGAGCGUGAAAGAGAAAGAGAACGGGAACGUGAAAGGGAGCGUCAAUAUAGCAAUCAAUCACGCGGCUCAGCGGCUGGAGACUCACAAAAAUCCACUGGCUCUGCUUCUCCCUAUUCCCAAAUGAAAAUGAAAAGACAUCCUAACUAUGCCUAUAACAAAAGAUUUCUAGAUAGUUUACCACCCGGCAUAGAUUUUGAGGCCAUAGCUAAUGGUUUACUGCAGAAAUCCACCAAUAAAAGUCCGCGUUUUGAAGAUUUUUUCCAAGGUCAAGAUAUGAAUGAUCUAAUGACCGGGCCCGAGUCAGCAAGUGCCGGCGCACAUUUUCCAGCGCAGCGUGAAACAAAUCUUAUGAAAAUCAAAUUGGAACAUCAACCCACAGAGCUGCAACAUGAGGAUUGAUUUAACAUAUAAGAGCUGUAAACGAAGGACUUUGGUAAUCAUCAUUUUUAGGGAUGAUUAGAAG